GGGACCCGGGGCCAGGCAUGCCCGCCGGGCGGGCGAUGAAAGAGAUGUCCGCAAACAAUGUGUUGGAUGGCCAGCAGCAACAAAAACAUUAUGGAAUUACCUCCCCAAUUAGCUUGGCAUGUCCUAAAGAAAUCGACCAUAUUUAUACACAGAAAUUAAUUGAUGCCAUGAAACCAUUUGGAGUGUUUGAAGAUGAGGAAGAACUGAACCACAGGUUAGUUGUUCUUGGUAAAUUGAACAGUUUAGUAAAAGAAUGGAUUUCUGAUGUCAGUGAGAGUAAGAAUCUUCCACCAUCUGUUGUGGCUACUGUUGGUGGUAAAAUUUUUACAUUUGGAUCCUAUAGACUUGGAGUACACACCAAAGGGGCCGACAUUGAUGCACUUUGCGUAGCUCCAAGACAUGUGGAGAGAUCUGAUUUUUUUCAGUCUUUUUUUGAAAAACUGAAACAUCAAGAAGGAAUUAGGAACUUACGGGCUGUAGAAGAUGCCUUUGUACCUGUUAUAAAAUUUGAAUUUGAUGGGAUUGAAAUUGAUCUAGUUUUUGCAAGGUUGGCAUUACAAACUAUAUCAGAUAAUUUGGACCUAAGAGAUGACUCUCGACUGAGAAGCCUUGAUAUAAGGUGUAUUCGCAGCCUAAAUGGAUGUAGAGUUACUGAUGAAAUUUUGCAUUUAGUGCCAAAUAAAGAAACUUUUAGACUCACCCUUAGAGCAGUCAAAUUAUGGGCAAAACGACGUGGUAUUUAUUCCAACAUGCUGGGAUUCCUGGGUGGUGUCUCCUGGGCAAUGCUGGUUGCAAGAACUUGCCAGUUAUAUCCAAAUGCAGCAGCUUCUACUUUAGUUCAUAAGUUCUUCUUAGUUUUUUCGAAGUGGGAAUGGCCAAAUCCUGUGCUGCUGAAGCAACCAGAAGAAAGCAAUUUGAAUUUGCCAGUUUGGGAUCCUCGGGUAAAUCCAUCAGAUAGGUAUCAUCUCAUGCCCAUAAUCACCCCUGCCUACCCACAACAGAAUUCGACGUAUAAUGUGUCUACAUCAACUCGAACAGUAAUGGUAGAAGAAUUUAAACAAGGUCUUGCAGUCACAGAUGAAAUUCUUCAAGGGAAAUCAGAUUGGUCCAAAUUAUUUGAGCCACCAAAUUUUUUUCAAAAAUACAGACAUUAUAUAGUAUUGACUGCCAGUGCAUCAACAGAAGAAAACCAUCUGGAGUGGGUUGGAUUAGUAGAAUCUAAAAUUCGUGUUCUUGUUGGAAACUUGGAACGGAAUGAGUUUAUUACUCUUGCCCAUGUAAAUCCCCAGUCAUUCCCAGGAAAUAAGGAACAUCAUAAAGACAACAAUUACAUAUCAAUGUGGUUCCUUGGAAUAAUUUUUCGGAGAGUAGAAAAUGCAGAAAGUGUUAACAUAGACCUCACAGAUGAUAUACAAUCAUUUACUGAUACAGUGUACCGGCAGGCAAACAAUAUAAACAUGCUAAAAGAGGGAAUGAAAAUUGAAGCAACUCAUGUUAAAAAAAAACAACUUCAUCACUACCUUCCAGCAGAAAUUCUUCAAAAGAAAAGAAAGCAGAGUCUUUCUGAUGUCAGUCGAAGUUCAAGUGGACCUCCAUCCAAAAGGGCAUCUUUGGACAGCGGUUGUUUGGAUAGCUCCAGAGACACUGAUAAUGGAACACCUUUUAGUUCUCCAGUGUCUGCAAACAAAGCUUCCCAGGCUGAUAAUCCUACCGAGGAAUCAGAAAGGAAUAGUGCUGAACCUGCUGUUGUAAAUGUGGAAAAGCCAUCAACUGUACUGCCAGCUCAAGGACUGUCUAUCCCAGUAAUUGGUGCAAAAAUUGAUUCUGCAGUAAAAUCUGUAUCACCCCCAACAGUAUGCACUAUUCCUACUGUAGUAGGACGUAACGUCAUUCCUAGAGUCACAACACCCCAUAACUCUGCCCAGGGACAACCACAUAUAAAUGGAAUGUCAAAUAUAUCUAAGAGUGUCACAAUCAAGAGACCUCAUUCACCAUCCAUUGAGGGAUCUUCCAAGAGAUUGAAAAGCAUAGAAAAGUUGAUUCGACUUGAAUCAGCAUAUAAGGAAUCACAUGUUACUACUGAAGACAGAAAAAGGAAAUCAGUGGAUGCUAUUGAAGGAGAAUGUAUGCCUAUUCCAACUAUUGAUACAGCACGAAAAAAGAGACUACUGAGUAAAGAACUACCAGAUUCUUCAUCUCCAGUUCCUGCAAAUAACAUUCGUGUCAUCAAAAAUUCCAUUCGACUGACCCUUAAUCGGUAAUGCAGUGCCUCCUCACCAAAGUGAAUAUGCAAUCAUGUAGUGGCAUAGAAUGAGCCACUUCUAAAAAUCAGAGUGGCUAAUUGUAGAUAAAAUUGGGUAAAAGUUACUGUCAUCAGCUCAAGGACCUUAAAGUGGUUUUUGAACAUGCACUUUGAUGUGCAGAUGACAUAGCAUAGCAUUCUCAUAAAUGCCACAGAUUCUUCUUCGGGAUCACUUCCUAUCAAAAUGUCAUAUAUAAUAUUAUGGCUUUGCGUUGAAGGUUUUACUGCCUUAACUUUCAAUGCUUGUUUCUCUCUUAUGGGAACCAGUUCUUGGU